AUGGGCCGUCUUUUAAGCGGUCGCCUGAAGAUGGCGGCAAGCGGGCGCCUGGCGAUGCGGAUGCUUUCUGGGUGUGGCUGGGUUCGCGGCUCGGACCCCGCCGUGCUGAGCCGCCUGCGCGAUGAGGCCGUGGUGCGGCCUGGCUUUCUGAGCCAGGCGGAGGAGGACACGCUGACACGUGAACUGGAGCCCCAGCUGCGGCGCCGGCGCUAUGACGGGCGCCUGGCGAUGCGGAUGCUUUCUGGGUGUGGCUGGGUUCGCGGCUCGGACCCCGCCGUGCUGAGCCGCCUGCGCGAUGAGGCCGUGGUGCGGCCUGGCUUUCUGAGCCAGGCGGAGGAGGACACGCUGACACGUGAACUGGAGCCCCAGCUGCGGCGCCGGCGCUAUGAGUACGACCACUGGGACGCGGCCAUCCACGGCUUCAGGGAGACCGAGAAGUCCCGCUGGUCUGAUGCAAGCCAGGCCAUCCUGCAUCGGGUCCAGGAGGCUGCCUUUGGCCCUGACGAGAGCCUGCUAUCCUUGGUUCACGUGUUGGACCUGGAACCCCAGGGCUACAUCAAGCCCCAUGUUGACAGUGUCAAGUUCUGUGGAUCCACCAUUGCUGGCCUCUCCCUGCUGUCCCCAAGUGUUAUGAAGUUGGUACACACCCAGGAACCUGAGCAGUGGCUGGAACUGCUGCUGGAACCAGGCUCCCUCUAUAUUCUAAGGGGUUCAGCCCGAUAUGACUUCUCCCACGAGAUCCUUCGAGAUGAAGAAUCAUUUUUUGGGGAGCGACAUGUCCCUAGAGGCCGACGCAUCUCAGUGAUUUGCCGCUCCCUCCCUGAGGGAAUGGGGUCAGGAAGGCCAGGAAAGCCACCCCCAGCCAGCUGACUUCUACGCCUAUCCUCUGGACUUGUGAAUAAAGUUGGAAAAAGAA